AUGGGCCACUUUAACGUUCAAAUGACCGUUGACCGCCUCACUGAUGGCCUUCUUGAGGGUUCAGCAUCAGGAACCACGGGUCUCGCGUUUCCUGCCAUUGCUAGCACGGACUCGACUCCAUUCUGGCAGGCUUUAGGAAGCCAGCUGUCUGCCUCUGAGAUGGCCUGCUGUCUUGCACGAAUCAAGCAUGAUACCAAUGCCAAGGCCGGAGGUGUGUUUACCCUCGGAGGAACAAAUUCGAGGCAUUUCACUGGUGAUAUUGAAUUCAUUGCUAUGCCUUUGGGUACACCAACCUUUUGGCUUCUCAUCAUGUCUGCAAUCACCGUACAAGGACAGCCUGAUCAAAUCACGACAGGCAAUAUCUCGGUUUGGGUGGCACUUUCCUUCGGGGGCCAGGCGUGGCCGUUUAGUGCGACCGACAUGAACAUCGGCCAGAUUUCGCGUGGGAGCUCGAAUGCCUUGGGGCCAUCUUCGACCUCAGCCUCGGCAGUAACAUUCCUUCUAGCUCAGAAGAACGUAUAUUCUGUCUUUCGUGCUUUUGGCCCUGGUUCAAUUGAAUUCGCGCAGCUUUCUAGCGUGGCUGGCGGGUCAGGCCUUCAGGCGCUGGAGCGGCAACGGCGGAUCAUCAACCAGAAUUACAUUGCCUGCCAUGAUGAUCACCGCAGUGAUUAUUGUCCUCAUGUGCUUGUUGUAAUUCAAAUCUUCUCGAUGUCCUUGCAAGCGUUCGAGGUGCUAUAUACUCACCGUGAAAGCAUGUUCGUUAAUUUCUCGCGCAGCAGUCCAAGUUGUCAAUGA